UUUCAACUCAAUCCUGGAGGGAUCAGCUACUUUCCCCAGAAAAGCAAAGGAUAAAAAUGGGAAAAGGAAAGCAUCAGACGCACACUGAUGAGUCAACAAAAUGCUAAAGCCUGGAAAUAAAAAUAAGGUUUCAGAUCGAGAAUAAAGCAACAGUCAUCGCCUAAUUGCUAUAUCAUUUGCAAAGAAGCAUUAAAAGCAAUCCAGUCUAAAAGCUUGAAAUUUGCUCACUCCUCCCCAAAACAUUCCUCCACUGUCCCUCUCUACCUCUUGCUUCUUCUUCGAUCUUCCCUUUGUUCUUCACUUUUUCUUCACCCCGAAGUCUUCCCUUCUACUUCUUAUUCUUCUUCUUCUCUUUGAAUUAACACCAGCAAACAAUCACCAGAAGAUCUUCUCUUGCUCCUUCCUUUCUCUUCUUCAAUGGCAGAUGCAACAUACUGCACCAAAUACCAACAGCAAAAACAAGCAAAUCCAACCAAGUACUAUACUCAUUUCCUCUACAAAGCUCUCAUAGUCACAGUCUUUUUAAUUAUACUCCCACUUUUUCCUUCACAAGCCCCUGAAUUCAUCAACCAAACUCUAAACACUAGAGGUUGGGAGUUUCUCCACCUUGUCUUCGUUGGUAUAGCUGUCUCUUAUGGCCUGUUUAGCAAGCGAAAUGAUGAAACAGAAAAGGAAAAUAACAACAGCAGCAACCAGUCAAAAUUUGAUAAUGCUCAAUCAUACGUGUCUAGAUUCCUUCAGGUUUCAUCCGUUUUCGAUGAUGAUGUUGAUAGCUCACCUAAGUCCGGAGAGACCAAGGUCCAAACGUGGAGUAACCAAUAUUAUAGGAAUGAUCCUGUGGUAGUUGUAGCGGAGCAGAACUCCGUUCUUGAUAAAGAACAGAGAGCUACCAGCUCAAGAAUUGGUGAAAAACCACUCUUGUUGCCUGUUAGGAGCUUAAAAUCACGAGUCAUAGCCGCAGAUGUUGAUGAAACUGGUAAAGAAUCUACUGGUAGAUCUGCUUCUAUUAGUAGGUCUAAUUCUACAGGUUCUAAAACAUUUUCAAGCAAUUCGAGUAAACAGAAGGGUGGAGAGUUUGGAGGGUGGGAUUGUCUGGAAUUGGAAGAGAAGCUGAAGGGGAAUGUUGUGCUUCCUUCGCCAAUUCCAUGGAGAUCAAGAUCAGGAAGAAUGGAAAUGAGAGAAGAAGCAGAUAUUCCUCCUUAUAAUCUGCCUCCUUCCUCGGAGGAAUUUGAAUACAACAGGUCUUUUAAUUCCCAAGUUCCUCGAUCAGCACGAACCGGUUCUGCAACUUCUUCACCGAAACUGUCCCCUUCACCUUCAUUUUCUUCACCAAAAAAGUUUUCUACUUCACCGUCUUUCUCAUCCGAGGAGCAAGGCAAAAGUGCUGAGGAUUUUGUGAGGAAGAAGAGCAUUUAUAGGUCUCCUCCUCCUCCACCACCACCACCACCCCCACCCCCGCCACCAUCAAUGAAUCGAAAAUCAUCAUCAAUGAAACCAAGUUUUAGUGCUAUUCAUGAUGAGGCUUUUCUUGAAAGAGAACUGAAGCGAAGUUUCACAACUGAACCUAAAGAUUUGAACAGGGGUGGCAACUUAACAAUGCCAAAGUCAGUUAAGACAUUUAGAAGCAACGAUUUGCUUGGUGAGGCGAGGAAGGAGAAAGAAUUUGAUGACAGAAUCAACAGCAAUGCAGAAAAAAGAUUGAAGCAAGUUGAAGCAAGUGCAAUGGAGAGAAUAGGGAGAAAGACAGUGGGAUUUGAUCAAUCCUCAUUUAAGACUGAUAGGCAGAACCGUGAAAGAGUGACUUUUACGCCUCAGUCAACUUUCAUGGAGUUCCCAGAGGAAGAGGAAGAAGAAUAUGUGGAGAAAUUGGCCAUGGAAUCUGACGAGGAAUCAGGGACUGAGGAGGAGGGGGGGGAUGAGGAUGAGGAUGAGGACAUAGCAGGAAAUUCUUUUGCUUCAGGCAUAGCGGCAAGGCCAAAAAAAGAAGCAGCGGCUGCUAGCAGUGCAAGUGAUGGAGGACCUGAUGUUGACAAGAAGGCUGAUGAGUUCAUAGCCAAAUUCAGAGAGCAGAUCAGGCUCCAAAGGAUAGAGUCUAUCAAGAAAUCAAGUGCACAGAUAAGAAGAAAACCUUCAAGCUCAGAUAAAUCUUUUUUUACAACGGACACUGCGCUUACCCAAGGCUGAGGAUGGUAAUAGCGGAGUCUUUGCUGUUGCUUGGAAUUGCUAUCCUGUCCAGAUCAGUUUGGUCCAAUAAUAUUCUGCGAUGAUCGAUUUUCUUGUGUCCCAAAUGCCAAGACUACAAAGUUCUUUUGCAGAUUGCAGCGUAAACUGCAUUCCGCCCAGAAGCGAAAGAUGUAAUCUGAACCAGUUUUGAAACUGUGGGGAAAAACCAGUUUGUCAGUUAGCAUGCCAAUAGACUUUUGCUGCCCACAAGUCUUCACGUUUAAUCAUGAUCACGUCCGAGAUACAACAGAUUCGAUGGAGCAGGGAUACUUCUGCAACAUAGCCUAAUUAUUCAGAAAAUGUGUU